UCGAAAUGUUACUAGCGCGCCCGAGGAAUAUUCAGCACCCCCUCUGCCUGAUGAUCGUAAGGCUCACAACGACCUUACUAAGCUCAUCCCCUAUUUAUUCUGCACUUUCUAUAGUAUAUAAAAAACACUCUCAAGUACUCAAUUGGCUAUGCUCGUACUAGUCCAUACUGUAACGACCACGUUCCGACAGACCGCGCCCGGAGCCCUACAUUAGCGCGCUAGUAGACCGCUCUAUAAUUCUGCCCCACAUCCUGCCCAAUCUGGAAAUUCUCAAACAUGACCACCCUCUAUGACCCAUAUCACGUCUCUCCACCUAAUAUUACGCAAAACAGUUUCUGAGUUUUCGUAUAUUUACUAUGCGCGGUGAAAUUUGUCAUAUUCACGUCGGCCAGGCUGGUGUCCAGCUGGGUAACGCGGCAUGGGAGCUUUAUCUACUCGAACACAACUUGAUGCCCGAUGGACAUAUAAAUCCCGAUAUUAGCGAGGAUAUUCGCAAAAGCAGCUCAUAUGAGACCUUCUUCGCCGAGGCCGAAAAUGGCAAAUACGUCCCCCGUUCGGUCUUUGUCGACCUCGACCCUUCGCCUGUUGACGAGAUCCGCACCGGUACCUACCGCAAUCUGUUCCACCCAGAACAAUUGAUAAAUGCUCGUGGUCACUAUACUGUUGGCAAGGGGCUCUUGGAUAAUGUUAUUGAUCGAAUCCGACGUGUGGCUGAUAACUGCUCCUCCCUUCAGGGCUUCUUGAUCUUCCGCUCUAUCGGUGGUGGUACUGGCUCUGGCUUCGGUGCUUUGUUGCUGGAGCGCCUUGCUGCCGAGUACGGCAAGAAAUCGAAGCUGGAGUUCGCAGUCUACCCAUCUCCCAGCGUGGCGACUGCCGUGGUAGAGCCAUACAAUGCUGUGCUAUCCACCCAUAGCACCAUUGAAAACUCCGAAUGUACAUUCCUCGUCGACAACGAAGCAGUUUACGAUAUCUGCAAACGCAACCUAGACAUCCCUCGACCUGGCUUUGAUCAUCUCAACCGGCUCAUCGCCCAGGUGGUUAGCUCUGUCACCGCUAGCUUGCGCUUCGAAGGCGCCCUCAAUGUCGACCUAAAUGAGUUCCAGACCAACCUCGUGCCGUUCCCGCGUAUUCAUUACCCUCUUAUUUCAUAUGCUCCGAUCAUAUCAAGUAACCGCAGCAGCCACGAAGGCCACAGAGUUAGAGAUCUUACUAUGCAGUGCUUCGAACCCAAACAUCAGAUGGUUGUCUGCGAUCCUUAUAAGGGCAAGUAUAUGGCCGUGGCUCUUCUGUACCGAGGAGACGUUGUGCCUUACGAAUGCAGCCAAGCUAUUGCUCAUGUCAAAUCCAAGGCGUCGUUCAACCUAGUCGAGUGGUGUCCCACCGGGUUUAAGGUUGGAAUCAAUUACCAGAAGCCUGUAAGUGUGCCUGAUAGCCAACUUGCAGCUGUCGACCGUUCGGUCACUAUGCUUUCUAACUCCACCUCUAUCGCUGAGGCCUGGGGCCGUCUUGAUCACAAAUUCGACCUCAUGUACACCAAACGGGCCUUCGUCCAUUGGUACGUGGGUGAGGGUAUGGAGGAGGGCGAGUUUUCCGAGGCUCGUGAGAACUUGGCAGCUCUGGAGAGGGAUUAUGAGGAGAUUGCCGGUGACGCUAUGGCCUCUUAUGGUGAAUUCGAGCAAGAGUUCUGA